AUGUUCGUCCCAGGUUUGGUGCGUGUGAAGAAGAUGCCCCCCCACCGCCGAGUGACCUUCUCCACGGCCAACCAGGCCCAGGACCUGCAGGACGCGUCCCAGCACAGCUACUACGACAGCGGCCUGGAGGAGUCGGAGACGCCCAGCUCCAAGUCGUCCUCGGGGCCCCGCUCCGGGCCCCUGGCGCUGCCGGAGGACCACUUCGAACGCACCACCCCCGACGGCAGCAUCGGCGAGAUGGAGCACCCGGAGAACGACCUCAGGCCCCUCCCCGACGUGGCGAUGACCGGUAACUGCACCCACGAGUGCACCGAGUUCGGCCACUCCGACUCCUGCUGGAUGCCCGGUCAGCCGUCCCCCACCCGCAAGGUGUCCCAGAACGCCCCCCCGCUCUCCACCUUCGUGCCUUACCAGGAGAUGGACGGCCAGGAGCAGCUGAUGGCCAACGGCAGCCCCAAGCCCCUGAUGACGGAGGAGCGCGGGCCGGGCGGCGGCGGCUCCAAAGUGGCCAACAUGCGCUUCAUGACCCCCUACAGCAGUGCCUACCCCGGGGGCGGAGACUCGUCUGGGAAAGCCUGUGGGCUGGAGGAGAUCCCGCUGAGCCAGGCGGUGGAGUACCACUCAGCCACCACGCCCACCGGCCAGACCGCCAAGAGGGAGAUCUACCUGUGAGGGCGCCACCUCCACCUGAAGGCCCCGACCACCCGCCUGUACUCCCCUGGUCCUCCCCCGACGCUGCUCGCCACCGCCCAACCCCCCCCCCCUCACUGUCGCCCCCUGUGCCUAUUACUCGCUGUGCCGCAGCACCGACUCCCCUUCUUCCUUUUUAUAACUGCAUCUACUGUACAAGGCUUUAGACCCCGCCCACCUCGCCCACUGCCACCGCCGCCGCCGCCCACCUCCAGACACCAAUCAAAUGUACAAUAGAUUUAAUUCAAAUCGACUGAAGAAAACGGAAUGUAAACUACACCACAUCGUUGUGAUAAGUUAAUGGAACUCUUUAGCCACUCACGUGUUGAGUUGGAUUUUGUGCGUCGCUUUAGGCUUUGUGUUGGAACAGAAAAAGAAAACAACCUUCGGGGGGGAGAAGGGAAAGAACUUCUUGUAAAUCCUACUUAAAUAUCCUGUGUAAUGCUACCUAUCCUAUUUUUUCUGGAUUUGUUUCAUUUCUUUUUUUUUGGUGUUCAUUUUUCUCAGUGGAUCCUGGAAACUCCUUUUUGGGCCAAGUUGCAUCAAAUCAACCGGUUCAUGUUUUAAUCAGGCUCAGCUCCGGUCACCUCCAGGACUUCUGCCGGACCGCGGCUGUUUCCCACUCGUCACAGCUGUUGUGAGAACUUUGAGUUUUUUCUUGUAUCCGUGUACAGAGCUGUAAAUACCACAGUGACGGAGGAAGCUGCUGACGGUGUCGUGUGGUCGGCAGAUCCUGGAUCAGUCACAUGUUCAGAGGAGCCGUCACAGCAGGAACCUGAACUCUAGAGCAUCACCGCCGGUGCCGAGUUAUUAAGACUUUUUAUUACAUCUUUCUCUCCUCCACGACUUUACCACACAAUGUGGGAUCAGGAGGAAAAACCAGUAGAGACACCAGUUCGUUCAGAACCAGACAGAAACCAGAGUGGAUCAGGAAGUGGAUCAGAUUCGUGCCGUCAGGAGUAAACCACGAGUGUUGUUCUCAAAAACAUCUGAAAAGAGUUUCCACAGUGGAGAAUGAGCUCCUCCCACAUCACAUGACCCCAUACUACAGAUACACUUCCUGCUUGUGGCCCCCAGAGGCUGAACCGAGCGGUAAAACUAAACAUUAUCUUGUUUCAUCUCUCCAUUGAGAUCAAAGGGUUCGUCCUCUGGGGAGCAGAGACCAGAUUAGGGGACGUGGCUGUUCAGUGGUUGGAUGUUGAUGUUAACAGGAGACAGGGCCGUGGUUAAUGUGGUGGAGCAGGAAGAAGGAGCAGGAGAGUUAUCAGGGUUUUUGUCAACCUCUGGGGAACAUGAAUAUUCAAGUUUAAUUUCCUCUAAAUCAGCUUUUCUCAGAGAUAAUAAAGUUUGAGAGUUUCCAGAAGGUCAGCGAGGUCCUGAAAGCGUUCGUCCUCUGGGGAACCUGAACGUCCACAGACACUUUGAUAUCAAUCGGUCGUUGUAACUCUCCUCGGAGCUGCAGCGGACGACGCUCGUGUUUUAAAACAGCUUCUGUCACAAAAGAUUAAAAAGCCUGAAACACAGAAGAGAAGCUGUUGAGAACCUCAUCUUCUCUGCGAGCAGCUGAGAUCUGGGCCGGCAGCGACGGCUCAGCGAGAAUCAGAGCGCCGACACAUCACGGCCGCGGCCGUCGAGCUGUUUGUGGCGACUGUGGUGAGCGUUUCCCCCCCGCUGUGUGUUUUCAGUCUGAAGGAAGAGCCCUCGUUAGUUCCUCCCUCUUCACCUCCUCAGUGUGAGGCCGAGCCCUUUAUCUGGAGGAUUUGUUAAACCCGUUAGCUGAGUUCGGCGGGGGGGGGGCAACGCCUCCCGUGGCGCCGCAGUGGCACAGGUACGCAGGAUUAAUGACACGUGUACAGGCUUCAGUCCACUAACACCCCCUCCCCCCCCGCGCCAGAGGAAGUCUAAUUAGGACCAGAGGCUCGGCACAUUAUUAGUGCUAAUUUGCACAGGAGGAGGUGACUGGUCUGGAAGUGGAUUCAUUCUGAGGCUGCUGAGGAUCUCACCUGAAGAGACGCUGAGUCUCUGAGUCUCUGAGUCUCUGAGUCUCUGAGUCUGUGAGUGUCUGAGUGUCUGAGUCUCUGAGUCUCUGA